UAAUAACACAAUCAGCUACUUAAGACAUUGGCUCGAAUCUAAAGUUGUGCCUUCAGAAAACGAACAAUUAAGGAAGAAUUGUCCACUUCUCUCAUUUACUUCCCAAACCCCCGUCUGGUCUGUUGAGUCCACUGAGCUAUCGGUCGAAUCUUGGGAAGUAUCGCGAUGUUGGGCCCUCCGGGUUUAGAAACUCUGUGGUAGUAGCUUCAAGACGAGAGGCGCUCGCUCGUUACUGCGCCCCCGUAUGUGUUUACUAGCUAGCUAGCUAGCUAGCUUCUUACUAGCCUUCAGGCGCUUGACCGUGCACUAACGCAGAACAAUCAUAGUUUAUAUAGCUAAAUGAAUUAGCUCAACAAGGGGCGUGCCUACCAAUCACCAGACGAGCGAGAGAACGAGCAACUACGUGGUGGGAAGGCUAGCGAAACGGAGAGAAACAGCUCAGCUAACGUUAGCUUGCUAGUUCGGGGUUUCCUGAUCCACCGACCGUAUUUAGCUUGAUAGGAAGCUAGCUGCUGCUGGAUACGCAACUGAUAACUAGCUAGCUACUAGAGGGGAGGAAAUGAAGGACAAACAGAAGAGAAAGAAGGAACGCACGUGGGCUGAGGCGGCUCGCAUGGUUCUAGAGAACUUCUCUGAUGCCCCCAUGACGCCCAAGCAGAUCCUGCACGUUAUACAGACCAAGGGGCUUAAGGAAAUGAGAAGUGGCACAGCCCCUCUGGCCUGUCUGGUGACCAUGCUGCACUCCCAGGUGAGGGGGGACAGAGUGAAAAACAGCAUCUUCUUUAAGCUUCCUGGCAGGAUGAGUCUGUUUACCUUGAAGAAGAACGCUCUGCAGUGGACCAAGAGUUCGACAGAGGCGGAGACAGCCGAAGCCACCACACCGGCUACCGCUACCACGGCAACAGCAGGGCCAACGGAAGGUGCGGAGCAAGAGAGCUGUGACUCCAUGGAAAUGGUUGCGGCCAGUGGAGAGAACGAUGCGUCCGUAGAUGAGAGCUCGUCCAGUGCCUCCUGCUCCACAGAGCCCCAGACCAGGCUGAGUAGAUCUGGAGUCUCUGGACAGGUGCGCUCCGAGGCCCAGGCACAGACCCGACUAAGUCGAUCCAGACAGUCGAGCAGACAGAGGAAGAAGGCUGUGAUGAUGCCGCGUGUGGUCCUCACUCCACUCAAGGUCAAUGGUGAACACGUCCCAUCAGGAGCAGCGGGGAGGCGCAGGGAAGGCUCUAGGGGGGGUCCAGGCCCCACGCUCCGUGCCCGCCCCGAGCUGGCUAGCUGGAAACGCCCCCAGCACUUCAAGAGCUUGCGUGGCUACCACUCAGGGCCCAUGAAGAGGAGCCGAGGCGGGGUGGAGGUGGACUUUGAGACGCCCGGCUCCAUCCUGGUCAACACCAACAUCAGGGCUCUCAUCAACAUGCGCACCUUCUCUGCCUUCCCAGCCCACUCCCAACAUCAACUCCUGCAGCUCCUCCCCGAGGUCGACCGCCAGGUGGGACCUGACGGUCUGGCUCGCCUCAGUAACUCUGCUCUCAACAAUGAAUUCUUCACUCACGCCUCCCAGAGCUGGAAGGAAAGGCUUGCUGAGGGGGAGUUCACCCAUGAGAUGCAGGUGCGAUUUCGCCAGGAGAUGGAGAAAGAGAAGAAAGUGGAGGCAUGGAAGGAGAAGUUCUUUGAGGAGUACCACGGACAAAAGUCUGGCCUGACCCGGGAAGAGUCUCUGAAGUUGACGAUGAGCGACGCGGCCGAUGCUGCCACCAGCGUCCUGGACAGCAAGGUGGCCUUGGUGGCGGCGGGAACGCCCAAGCGCCGCAGCGUGGGCAGGCGGCGGCGAGACGGCAGGAUGAGACGGCGAACGCGGGCAGACUUGAGACGCAGGGCGCAACGCACCCUCUGUAAGACCAACUCCCCCACCCUGCAGUCCUCCAAGCAGCCGGAGGGCACACUCACUUUAGACGCAGCUUCUUCUGUCUCUGUCCCCUCGCCCGUCCCAGAGGCCACCACGGUGCAGGGAGGAGAGGUGGUGUUGCAGGCCGACUGUAGACUGGAGGCCCCGGCCCAGUGUGCCUCCCUAGAGCCCGUGCCCUGCCCUUCCCCUGUGUCUGCGCUCCCAUUUGUGACCGUGCCUGAGCCUGAGCCCACCCCAUGUCCCAGCCCUGUAUCCACCCCAUGUCCCAGCCCUGUAUCCACCCCAUGUCCCAGCCCUGUAUCCAUCAGCACCAGCGAUGAGCCUGAAGUCACCGCCCGCCUGCUCCCCGAAGAGCCUGCACCUGCCGUCGCCUCCACCUCCUCUCCCUGCUCCUCAUCUUCCUCCUCCUCCUCGUCCUCCUCCCCUUCCUCCUCUCCCUCCUCCAACUCCGAGAGACAGGGGGGGUUCACCGCCGGCUUGGACUCUUCCUCCUCGUCCUCUUCUUCCUCCACGGCCGCUGUCACCGCUGAUCCGCUGGACGAUGGGGCUUCCAUGGUCACCUCGGUCACGGGGGGCACGGCCACCAGCAGCCGGGAGAGCAGCCCUGCAGCCAGCCCCACCCCCAUCACUGCCCAAGCCACCAAGGAGCAGAAGAGGAGGCCAGACGAGCCCCAGGCCUUCUCCAGCUUCCCCGAAAAGAGGCCGCGAAUGGAAGAUCGUCAGUCCUUUCGUACCACAAUCGACGGGGUUCACACGGAAAAGCCGCAGCCGACAGCAGAGGAGCCCAAGGUCCCACCUAUCCGGAUUCAACUCUCCAGAAUCAAACCGCCCUGGGUCAAAGGGCCGCCAACCUACCAGAUCUGUCCCCGCAUUGUGCCCCCCGGCGAGGGCUCGCGGCGCUCUGGGACGGGGGCGCGCACCCUGGCGGACAUCAAAGCCCGCGCCCAGCAGGCCCGGGCCCAGCGCGAGGCCGCUGCUGCUGUUGCAGCCACUGGGGACGGACCAGGGCCGGGCGGGGGCAGGGCUGGUGCUGGGCUACAGGAUCGCAGCAGUGGAAGACGAACACGAGAGCACCCAGGACCCGUCGAGCCCGGAGGAGGAGCAGGAGGCGUGGAGAAGCAGGGAUUGCCUGCGGGCUCUCAUCCACCUGGAACACAACUACAGCAGUCCAAAUUAGAGCCCUCCUCUACCCCCACCCCGAACACAGCUGCCUCGUCCCCCUCCCUGUCCACCUCCUCCAACCCCUCCCUGUCCUCCUCCGAGCCCCCGCAAACCCCCACUCCAUCCCCAACCACCCAGGAGGAGCGACUGGGGGAGCUGAGUGGGGACGAGGGGACUACACCAACACCACCACCACCACCAGUCAAAGGCACCUCCAAUGGACUCUCAGACAAUGCAGCACUGCUGGAGCCUGAGUCUGUGUCCAGCCACCUCAGAGGGCGAGGCGAAGGGGACGACUGUGAUAGGACAACGGCCCAAAGUGGUCCCCUGGCGCCCACCUCCAUCCCAGAUUCUCUGCCCAGGUUCGGGGCCCAGGGAGUAGACGUGAUCAGGUCCCUGGCUGGCACCGAGCAGGCCAGGGGGGAGCACAGGGGGGCAGGGGGAGGAGGGGGCGUCAUCCAGCAUGGUUCCCACCACGUAGGGCCACAAGAGAACCCCCCCAUCCUGGCCAGAGAGGGCCACAGCCAGGGCAAAAAGCAGUCGGAGCCCCUGGAGAGGGCGAGAGAAACAGCCUCCCUCCCUCGUCUCCCACCUUCAGUCAGAGAGGACGAGGCAGGGCAUCACAGUGACUCCACGGAGACGGCCUCUGACUGCGAGAACGAGAGCCAGGAGGAGGAGCCCCACCUGAGCAUGUGGAGCCACCACCUGCCCGCUCAGCGCAACGGCAACAUCCAGCACCUCCAAAGGUUGUCUCAGCAGGCCCAUGGCCAGCCUGUGAUCUGCAGCCCCCCUCUACAGCAAAACCAGCAGCCAGUCAUCCAGGCUCACGUGUCCAACCACCACGGCCACAGCCAAACGGUCAUCCAGCCCUGCUUCCCCAACGGUCUGCCCAGCCAGAGUCUCAUACAGCCAGGCCAAAAGCAGCAGCAGCCUGGAUGCACUCCCCACCCAGACCAACAGGCUCUCGCUGCGCCACAUUCCCAAGCCCAGAGGGGGCACAAAACAGACCCAAUGGAUGACUACAAAGCGUCCAGCCGGGGCUCGGCUGAGGAGGACUGUAGGCUGGGGCUGAAGCCCUCUCCCAUCCACCCCACCGCUGGCUCCAAGAGGCUCCCUAGUUCGGCCCGGCCCGUGUCCACAGUGGAGGCCAACAAUCCUCUGGUCACCCAGCUGCUCCAAGGCAGCCUCCAGCUGGAGAAAGUCCUGCCGCAGACGCACUCGUCUAGCAAGCUAGAGAUCAACCGCCUGCCAGGGGGGCCCCAGCCAGCCCCCCAGUCCCAGCUCAUCCGGCAACAACAGACCAGGAACCCGGGCCCUCGCUUCAGGGGCCCCACAGAGGCCCAUACGGGGGAGUCCCUGGUCCCCGAGUUGUCCUCUCAGAACCAACAGAAUUCCCCUGCAGGCCGAGGAGGCUCCCCUGGAGCAAGCCGGAGCGUCGGGUCCUCUCCCCCAGGCACAGUGCCCUCCCGCAUGGCCUGCCUGCUGGAGGAGGCCUCCUCUCGGGCCACGGCCAUGCAACAGUACCUGUCCCAGCAGCCAGGAGGCGCUGUGCCCCCCGGGGCCGUGCCCGUCAUCACAUCUCUCUCUUCUUCGUCCUCUUCCUCCAGACGGAACUCCCAAGAGUCAGCCGUCAUCCGAGAGUCUCCGGAGAGGCACCACAACAACCUCACUCAGCCCCGGGCCACCCCGGACCUCUGCCCAUCUGAGGUGGUCCCCUCUGUCAAGAUAAACUGGCACCCUUCCAAACCCCACCCCCCGCACCAAAAGCAGCUCUCGCCCGCACCCAGCGUGAAGAGCGAGGUCACCUCCCGGCCCUCUUGUCAAGCUCUUUCCAAAACCUCCCCCUCUGGCCCCAUGGUAGGUGGCGGGCCAGGUAUGGUGGUCACCAAAAAGGAGGCAGUGAACUCUAUGGAUGGUUACCUGACUGGAGGAGGUGGGGCUAUGGAGGGACUGCUGAACAUGGAGAUGUCCUUAGCCCGCAUGGCUAAGAAGGAGGCGCAGAGCAAAGCUCAGUACUCCUCCACCUCCCCCUCCUCUUCAUCCUCCUCCUCCUCAACCUCCUCCCUCCCUUUCCAGCUCUACGGUAAGCUGCCCAAGCAGGGCUGCGGUGUGGCGGCGCCCGGCUUCAGCUACACGGCCAACGUGUCGAUGGUGGACGGCAGCGGCUUCUCGAGGAGCAUCGCUGACGGCGUCCUGCAGCUGCGUCAGCGCCACAGUGCCAGCCAGAGCGCCACGCUCAGCAUCCAGGCGUUCGCAGACAGCGCCGCUGAGGAGGUGGCCCUCAAGUGCUCCUGCCGCCUCAAGGCCAUGAUCAUGUGCCAGGGCUGCGGGGCCUUCUGCCACGACGACUGCAUCGGCCCCUCCAAACUCUGUGUAUCCUGCCUGGUGGUCAGAUAGGCGCUUUCUUUGACGUUGCUACAGUGUUGGUGGUUUGGUGUUAUAUGCCGUUCCACCUUCAGCAUACCUGCUCCAUGUAUAAACUUAACUAACCUAACACACCCAGGACUUGUGAGAGAAACAAGUGUGUGGGCUUUGACAUUUACGUGACCCUUGGAAGAGGGUGGGACACAGGGGCUGGGUGAUGCCUUGUAUUAUACAAUCGGUCUGUAUUUGUUGCUUAUUUUUUCUAAUGCCUUUAUGAUUAUUAUUUUUUAUUGUAAUUAUUAAUGUGAAUUUAUUUGGCACGGUUGAUUGUGCCUUUUUUCUUUUCUCAAAACAUUUACCUCAUCUUGACACCUGUCAUCAGUUCAGUGUGAAAAUGGUGGCCGUUAUUGUUAUUGUUUUCCUCUCUGGCCCUGCAUGGAGGGGAAUAAGUUCUAGUCUCUUUCUUGCAAAUAAAUAUUUUUUUAAAUAAUUAAAGCAAGCAUAAAUUA